AUGACAUGUGAUGCCUCGUUCCGUGAGGGCCCCCCCGCAAGAUUUCGCGAGCAUGCAGCAAUGGCCUCCAGCGGACUCUGGGGCUUGCAAAGACAUGAGGUCUUGGAACAGCUGCAGGAGGAUGUGGAGCUCUUGGAACUAGAGGAUGAGCAGCAUGUUUCCUCCGAGACCAUCCUUCCCGAAGAGGCCGGCGUGUGCAGGGGCAGCCCCUUGCCGUGCUGGUUGGAAGGCUUCUCUCCCUGGCCUUCGGGUGCGACGGGAGAUGCCCGUGAUGCCCAAGACGCCCCGAAUGCUUCCCCCGCAGGUCCCACAGACCUCACACCGAGUCCCAAGCGCCGCACAGCUCGGCAGUCCCCACAGUCCCCGGACUCUCAGUCUCCGCGGCUCCGCUAUCAGCACAGAGCGACAGUGACCUCGCCGCCUUCACGGAGAGAGGCACCGGGGCGCCAGCAGAACAGCGCAGCUUGGGAGGCGCUCUCCGCCCAGGUGCGGUGCCUGGAGGCGGAGCUUUCGGCUUCGGAGUUCCAGGAGCAGCAGUCCUCAGUGGAGCACGCAGCUGCGAAGGCAGAGUGGAGCAGCUGCGUUGCGAAUGCCUCAAGCCAAGAGGCUCGCGAGGAGCGGCGGCUCCAAAGCUUGAGGAGCGAGAGAGCAGAGCUGAGUGCCGAAAGCGAGCGCCAGGAGGCAAACUUCCAAAAGGAGCGUGACCGUCUUCGACAACGGCUUCGUACUUUGAAGAUGCAGGCUCGACAAACGAGCCAGAAAGCCGCAGAGGCCUCUUUGGAUCAUCGGCAGUGCUUGGACGAGGCAUCUCCAGCACGGAUUCAGCCAAGCCAGAGUUCUUUUCCACUGGGCUCGCUGGCAGCUCGUGAAUCGAAAGGCCCCUGCAACCUGGGUGUAUCCAACUCUCGAGGUGGGACCCAGCCUGAGGAAACCAGGCCGGCUUUGCGAGAGAUCCAGGAUGUGUCCGCCGGACGUCUGGAAAGGCUGCGUUCCCAGAGGGAUGGUCUGCAAAAGCAAGCAGAGGAGCUGAGACACUCUUGCUUGCUGUCGGACCGCGAGCUGGCACACGCAGAGACUUUGGAGCUGCUCCGGAGCCAAGAGGCCGAAGCUCUUGCGGCUUUAGCGGAGCAGCAGCGAGCUCUUCGCAAGGUGGAACUUGAAGCCGAUGCAGCCCAUCGGCAUGCGGCCGAGACGCGCAAAGCACAGCGACAGGUGGCUACGGAGCUCAGUGCUGCCGAAGAGCUGCUGCAGCUCCAGUCGCAGCGCCAAGAGGUCCAGGGCCUGCCGGAGAUUCUGCGCAGUCGGCAGAAGGCCAUUGCCGCAUGGGUGGAGGCGGAGGUCGGGAUGCGACAAGUAACUUUGGUGAAGAGACGCCUCCAGCAAAUGGUGGAAGACUAUGGCUCCAGAGCGAAGGUUUUGGAG